AUGUGGCACAAGCAUGUGGCAAACUACGCGUUUGUCGUUGAAGUUAAUCUGGCUCACUACCAAGAUCCGUUAGCAGACUUUUAUCAGCACCGACAGCCUAAUCUAGAGGACGAAUUGAAUGCGAGAGUUGAGAAGGGUGCUCCGGUGUUGAUAAUAUUUCGUGACCGGCCGGACAUUGUGGAGUUGCCACAUGCGUCUCAUUUGCAUGACUCGGAGAUCAAGGACCAGUUGGGUCAAUUGCAGUGUGCACUACAAGUACACGUAAUCCUAGGCAUUUUGGUGUUAAAGGGGCGACGGUUUCUGAUGGUGGUGGCGGGACAGGAGAUCGUGGCAACUUUGCCCCCGGACUGUUCGCCUCUGGGUGUGUGUGAGACUGCACAUGAGGUGCCGGCUAUCAGUCUGCGACGUUGCAGUCUCUUACCCGCACAUCGACAGAUCUUCGCUGUGAGUUCGGUGAUUGCGUUGCCCUUUUACAUCCCCACGGAGAAGUUCUUAAGUGCAAAGCUGCUGAAGCCGGUGACCGCCGUUUACCGCGCUCCCGCCAUGGGAACUCGUGGUCCUUCUGAACCGGACAUUACUGUCGACGACUUGCUCGGCCCAAGCAUUGCUUCCGUAGUUAGUGAGAUUGAACGCUCCCUCUCCAAGGGUACCCACUUCUUCAGCUUCGACUGCGACCUCACCCACAGCCUUCAGGCCCAGUACCUCCGCUACAAAAAGGACCGCGAAUGGUGCAUUCCCCAAAAAGUGCCCGUCUGGACACCGCCCAUCAAGACCGUCAACCUCCACCCCGCCACCGACCACUCCGGUCACCAUACCGGUUACCACACGGGUGACCAUACCGGUCACCAUACGGGUGACCAUACCGGUGACCAUGCGCGUGACCAUACCGGUCACCAUACGGCUGACCAUACCGCUGACCAUACCGCUGACCAUACCGGUGACCGGUUCAAAGCGCUACCAUUGUUGGAAUACGCCCGUCCCGGCUUCGUUUGGAAUGCGAGUUUGUGCGCUCCAUUUUUAGAGAACAAGGUAGACCCGCAAUGGUUGUGUCCAGUGGUGCAGGGUUCAGUAUCUGCCACCAACACGAACGCAGGAGAUGUGUACAUUUCUAUGGUGCUAAUAUCGCGGCGUUCGGCAUUGCGAGGUGGCACGCGUUACUUCGCGCGUGGAUUGGACGAGCAGGGACAUGCUGCUAACUUUUGCGAAUCAGAAAUGCUCUGUGCCAUCUACCCCACCCUCACGUCACAGAACGGCGUGCCCUACUUCCCCAGCUCCUCUCUCGGCGUCGACCAUUGGACGCCCGAACAACUACAUGCCGGAGACCGUCCACCACACCACCCACUCAGAGAUCGCACACUCACCGCCGAGGGCCUGUCUGCCGCGGAACUCGCCGGACACCUGGCCGCCUCUUAUAAGUCUUCCCAAGACCUCGCACGACAACUCGAAACUGUCGGCGAAAUCUUCGCCGGUCAAGCGGUCGCCGACAAACUGACCGGCGGCGCCGGAGCCGGCGCUGGCCCUGGCGCCGGCUCUGGAGCCGGCUCUGGGGCCGCAGCUGCAGCUGCGGCUGCCGCCGAGAAAGAGGUUCCUGUCACGGGUGCGAACAGCAGCAGCAGCGAGAGGGGACCCGUUCCGGGUUGGGGCGGAUGGUGGUCGUAUUUGCAGAUCCGAGGCAGUAUUCCCUGUUUCUGGGACCAGAUUGGUUUCGGACUGAACCCGCAACCUCGAAUCAACGGCAGCUUUCAAGAGAACCUUCAGGGGUUUUUGGCGCACCAGAAGAAGCUCGAACGGGACUACGGGGACGUCGUGUACGUGAACUUGCUGUCCAAUUCCAAGCCGGGUGAGGCGCGCAUGUUGGACUAUAUGCGUGACCUGUUGAGCCAGCACAAGAUGAAUGUGGCACAACAGUCGGGAGCGAACCUGAUUGGUCUGGAGGGUCAGGAUGAUGGUAAUCGGUAUGACUACUUCGAGUGGGACUUUCAUAAGGCAGUUCAGACGGUGGGUUUUGAGGAGGCGAUGCGUAUGUUCGGGAAGCGGCAAGACGUUUACAACCGGGCAAAGAACAUAGGGUACUUCCACACACAGGGACCCGCUCUUCAGAACGGGGUCAUCCGCACCAAUUGUCUGGAUUGUCUAGAUCGCACAAACGUGAUUCAGUGGUACCUAUGUCAAAGAGUGUAUCUGUCGUAUUUGCUUAAGCAUCGGUGGGAGAAGCUCAUUCGAAUUUGUGGUCUUAAAUACGCGCAAGACGUAUAUGCCAGCCAAAUAAAGUGGAUCACACUCAACGGUUCUGUGGACGGUCAGGGGUCCUCGCUCUGGCAUCAGUUUCAAAGGGAUAACCAGCCUAGUUUGCUCGCGCUGCCGAUGCAUAACCGACAGCCGUUCGUGUGUCCGAUUUCGCGCUGGUCACCGAUGGCGCCGAUUGUGCCUUCUCCACCCUUCCCGGCUACGAGUAUUUUGCCCUACUUCUCCUUCUUCCCCGACCCAGAGUUUGUGGAGGCACGCACGUACUUUGUCGGUGGCUGCUCAAACGAUCGACUCAUCACCGUCUUCUUCAAAUGCCAUUCGCACUCCUGCGGCCCCCACGGGAGCGGCGGACUGCAGUCAAGUGGCGGGCCACCUCGGGGUGAGUUUGCACCCGUGGACGACAAUGAAGUGUUAGUGGGAUGGUGGUCCCACGAGUCCAACUUGAGCACCUUGGCGGGAGACAAGGACAUCCCUGCGAUUGUGCCGUUUGCUCUACCCGUGGAAGGGAACGAGCCAGCCAGCGCAGUGCACGCGACAUAUGUGGUUAAGGAUGCGAUCAGUAGCAUGUGGGCGGAUUUGGGUGACCUGAUUUCUGUUGCUUACACUGGUACGGCAAGCGUAUUGACCCCGCUGCUGAAGAGUGGUAAGGCCACGAUUCUCACGAAUCUAACACACCUGAAGCGAUCAGUCGGACGUUUAUACAAACACACGUUCGAAGAUCGGGCGCGACAGGAAGCAAUUGACGCCCUUCUCGGAACACAACUCGCUGGUGGCGGCGCUACUUUAACCAUGACGGUGAGCCACGGCCCAGUACCGCCACCCAGUGCCCUCGCCGGCGGGGAAGCUGAAUUGGGCAACAAGUUCCUUAGUCUCUGGGUCGGCACCUGGAACACCGGCGGCGGCAGUUCUCUAGCCCGUGAAGACUUGAGCGACUGGCUACGAAAAGGUCUCGAGGAACGGGUCGACCUCUUCUGUGUUGCCUUCCAGGAAAUUGUCGAAUUAGCCUCCAUAAACACCGUUCUAAAUACACGCAAUAAGGGUCGAGAAAAUGAAGCUGCAGGAGCACUCUUACGGAUACCCGGACUGCAGCAAGACUAUAAAAUCAUCGCAACUAAAACGCUUGUAGGCGUCACCUCCGUCAUUCUCGCCAAAAAGGCGCUUAUUAUCGGCGAAAUUGAUUGCCGACCACCCCUUGCCGAACUCGUCUCCGGGGACCCUGUCUCCGGUGACUCGACUAUGGGCGACCCAGCCGGUAUGGGCGACCCAGCCGGCACCGCCUUCUCUGGCGACGCGGUCGGCGACGUGUCCACCGCAACUGGCAACCAGUUGGGAGACCAGUCGCUCCCCUCCUCCAUGCUUCCAGCUAAAUCCGUAGCCGGGUCAGUGGCAGGUUCCGUCGGAUCCGGUGGGAUUGGUGAGGUAUGUUCUACGGGUGUGAAAAUGGGGUUAUUGGGUCAGGUGGGGAACAAGGGUGCGGUGAUUACGCACUUGUCAGUGAAGGGACGUUCCUUGUGUUUCUGUAACGUGCACUUUAAUCCAGAUAAGAACUCGGAUCGGACGCAGGAGCGUCUAAGUCAGUUUGAGAAGUUGUUCGGUACCACGGCUGGUGGCAGUGGACUCCCGAUCCGUGAACACGACUAUUACUUCUUGGCAGGCGACUUCAAUUGCCCUGCCAUGGCCAGCAUCAGCGAAAUCGAGAAGUGGCUAGCCGAACGACGCUUUGCUGAGUACUUCCAGCGCGAUCAACUCUCCUGGCUUCGCACUCUGCCCUCUGCCACCUGCAUGCAAGACAUUACCGAAGCCACCGUCUCCUUCUGGCCAACCUACAAAUAUCGCAAAGGCACCUCCACAUAUGACCGCAAGCGGGCACCCAGCUGGUGCGACCGAGUCCUAUUCGGUGGAGUCAAGCUCAACCUCGGCCAAGCACAUGUUCAGUCUGUCAGGUACGACCGAGUCAAAACAAUCCUCUCUAGUGACCACAGGCCUGUCUACUUCCUUUGCCACAUCUAUGAACUAUAA